UUCGAAUCUAAUAUUCACUGACUUCAAAUUCAUACAGAAAAAUAAAUUUGUUCGUGGUAUGACUUCCUAAAUUUUAAGAAAACAACUUCAUCAACAGUAAGUUAGUGAGCUCAUUGAACGACGUAUCUACCAUAAGCACGGCCACGCUUUCUUUCACUUUUUCGUCACUGACAGCGACACUUAGCAAAAUAAGAAAAGAAUGCCGCGCCAACGACGCACACACAAACGAGGUGUUGACCUGGGAAGUCUUAUUGACCGCGCCCAAAAACGAAAUCCCCACAUCGGGCGGCUAUGCCCUGUCUGCUCACGUCCCACACAGGCGCACCUGCGCGCCAACAAAAGCCGAAGUCGUGCAGUCGGGCUCAUGAGUCGCAACGCCGUCAUAGACCUCGGCACUAACGGCGUUUGGAACACACUCGUCCAACCCGUAUCCCUACUACAUUGGUUCCCUCUGCGUCGUUCCACACGCAUACGCAAGAGCGAUCGCAGUCAGCGUAAGAACAGCGCCAACAAUAAGAGUAAACCAAAGAUUGGUAGUCCAUCUCGUAUGCCAGCUGCCGAGGUGCAAAUGCCAUGCUCUACGCUUGAGUCACCAACGGCAGAGAAGCAAAUGACUAGCAAUCAUGACGCUGGUUCGCAGCAGCCAUGUGCUAAUGCGAAUACAUCUACAUCACAACAUUGUACAGUUAUCUUGCAUCAGAAUCCCCUCUUCGAUGUUGAGGGCAAGACACGUUCGGGCAUAAUGGAAAAGCGCGCUCGAAAGUCGCAAGUGGGUCGAGUUAAAAGCAAAUGGAGCGUAAAAACGACUGAAAAGCAAGAUGCUGCGAAGAAGACUGAUAUUGAGAGGGAGGUACCGGCGAAAAAGGGUAGCAGUUUGAAAGAUUCGACUGCUGUGUCGAUAAAUCGCUUAAAUUCGCCUCCAAUUUCAGAUUCCGAUGCAAGCAGCGGGAAAUUCAGAACCGAUACGGAGGAAAGCAAUUCGUAUGAAGAGGGUAUCGAUUUGAAUGUGAAAGCGGCACCGGGUGGGCAAUUAGACGGCAUUCUUGGGUUGAAUACCGCGAUGUCAGUGAGAAAUUUUGACGCAACUGUUGCGUCUGGCAGCGUAAUAGAAGGCAACAUGUUGAAUGAGCGCACAGCAUUAUUAGAUUUGACACAGGCAGCAUCGCAACCAGCAGAACGAAAGAAUGAGUGCGCCUAGUAUGAAGAUGGCACAGUUACGCAUGGAAAUUUCGAAACUAUUCGAUUGCAAAAUAUGUACGUAGUUUCGAAAGCAGAACUUGCUUUUGUAAUUAACGGAAACGAAUGUGUUGUUAUUGUCCUAUUUCAUAUGAAAUAAAAAUAUUAUAUAUACGUUGUGCA